AUAUCUGUCAUCUACUGGCCAGGACGAUUAGGACAUAGUUUAACUUAUCACCACUUAAGUGCUUGUUACAACUGACUCAUGUCGCAACCGUAGACUUGGCCUUUACAAUGGUGUUUCAAAUAGUGCUGGCCUUUUUGUAUUGGUCGUGCUGGCAGAGCCAAUUGGCUCUGGCCCAAAAUGAUCCUUGGACGGAUCCGUACUUGAUUCUGACUCCGGAAGCUGAGGCAAAACUGGUGACGGUGUCUAGCGAUUCCAACAAUGUCAAUUUAAGGAUGCCUGAGGAGUUGGAACAGGAUUUCAUCCUUGGGAAAUUGAGCGUUCAAGCAGAUAACGGAGUGUCCCUAAAAUGUCGGCAGAUUGUCGACUCUAUUUCGUCCGAGGUGCCGUCAAUAUUCACCAUUGACGACGAAAGUCUGCAACUUCGCAUUGCAAGGCAAAUUGAUUUCGAAGGCCUUGAGGACGAUUUCGAAAAGUUUUUGUGCGAGCUCACUCCCGACCCCUGCCAAACAGGUAACGGUUGUGGGCAAGAUUUCAUCAUAGAAAUAAAAAACAUCAAUGACAAUGUGCCAAGAUUAGAGACCACUGUGCCACCCACUAUAGCUUUAGAGGAGAACAAAGAAUUUCCAGACCCAAUCUUGAACAUAAUUGGAUCCGAUUUGGAUUUGCUUGGAGAACUCCAAUGCCGAUUCAGCACCGAGUCCAGCCCAUUUCAGAUCGUGAGUGGGACUAAAUCAGGAUCAUGGAACGUCAUACUGACCGAAACCAUGGACUUUGAGCAACAACGAUCUUACCAACUAGACAUCCAACUCUUGGAUGCCAAGGAUGAAGCCGGUGUGCAGAACAAUGAGACACGUUCUGUAUACGUCCGUGUUGAGGACAAGGAGGAUACGCCCCCUACCUGGAUUCGUUUCCCAUCUCUGGUCAGCAUUAACGAGGACUCCAAAGAGGGAGAGGAACUGUUUGAAGUUUUUGCUGUGGAUGGAGAUUCCUUGGAAGCAGUCAUUCAGUAUGAAAUUUAUUCCAUUACCAAUGAAGGACUUGAAGAGGAUCAUAAAGAGAUCUUGAGAAUCGACAAGGACGGCAAGGUAUUCUUGAACAAAGAGGUUUGAUCGCGAAACCCUCAAUGAGAAUAACAUCUUUGAAGUAACAUUCCAAGCCACUGAGACUGAUUGCUCUGCAGAUGACUACAAUAACUGCUCCAACAAGAAUGCACGACUUCUCUCCGGAUAUUGGAUAUUGAUGAUAAUCCACCCUAUAUUAAUGCUGUGAAUACAACAUUGACCAUUCCGGAGAACUACAAUGGUUUCUUGCUCUUUGAGCCAGAAGUGGUGAUCAAGGAUGAUGACUACGACACGGUCAACGCCAAAUUCAACAUCAAAAUUGAACAUGAAGAACAGGCGUUCCUUGACUCCUUGACCUAUCGGAACGUUGGGAUCCAGAGCGAGACUCUGCUCAUCUGGAUCACAUCGGGAGAAACGCCUUUCUUGGAUCGCGAAUCAUUUAAAGAAACGAAGUUCAAUCUCACUGUUGAACCAGAUACGGCUUCUAAUGGGCUCCAAAGAGAGCCCAUCCAGAGGGAGUUUACCCUCUUCCUAGAGGAUGUGAACGACAACGAUCCAGUAUUUUCCCAAGAGAAUUACACAGUAAACAUCUAUGAGGAUCUGACCCUCUUGGAGCUGGAUGAAGAUGAGAAUUACAUCCUGAUAAAGGACAACAUCAGUGCCUCUGACAAGGAUUCCUCAGAUGCAUUUGGGCAAGCCAGUCUCCGUUUUGAUUUGAGAUCAAACCUACCCAUUGAAAUUGACGAGCUAAGCGGAACGGUCAAAUUGAUCAGGGGCAACAGCCCGUUCGAUUUUGAAGUCCAGGACAGCAUGAUAGACGGAAUCCCCAUGGUUGGCUCCCGAUUGACGAACAGCAUCCUUCAUAUCAAUGUUCUAGACGUCAAUGACGAGACUCCUCAAUUCGUUAGCGAAGCUGCUCUG